AUGUUGUUCCCCAUCAGAAAUCCUCGUUUUUACUUCUUUCUUUCUUUUUCUUUCUUUCUUUCUUUCUUUCUUUCUUUCUUUCUUCUUCAGACGUCUUCAUUAUUCUUUCAUUCUCCAUUUUCACAUGUUCAUUGUCAACAUUGUUCUCCAUCAGAGAUUCUCGUUCUUCCUUUCUUUCUUUCUUUCUUUCUUUCUUUCUUUCUUUCUUUCUUUUUCUUCCAUUCUUUCUUAAUUUCUUUCUUUCUUUCUUUCUGUCUUUCUUUCGUCUACAGGCGUCUUCAAUAUUCUUUCAUUCUUGAUUUACACAUGUUCAUUGUCAUUGUUGUUCUCCAUCAGAGAUUCUCUUUUUUCUUUCUUUCUUUCUUUCUUUCUUUCUUUCUUUCUUUCUUUCUCCUACAGACGACUUCAUUUUCACAUGCUCAUUGUUAUUGUUGUUCUCCAUCAGAGAUCCUCGUUCUUUCUUUCUUUCUUUCUUUCUUUCUUUCUUUCUUUCUUUCUUUCUUUCAUAUAAAAUUGCCAAAAACAUUGUUGCACAAUGUUAGUAGUCUAUUCGUAAUUGCUCCUGCUCAUCUUCCUUAUUGCCCUUCCUUUUAUGCUGCACGCAUCAGCUUUCUUCUUCUUCUUCUUCUUCUUCUUCUUCUUCUUCUUCUUCUUCUUCUUUCAUAUUGUCUACGCUUUUCUGGAGUUAUCUUGCAUUUCUUCUUCUUCUUCUUCUUAGCGGCUCUUCUUCUUGAUAUCACAUUUCUUCUUCUUCUUAGCGGCUCUUUUUCUUCAUGUCAGUUCUUCUUCUUAGCAUUUCUUCUUCUUCUUCUUCUUCGCGGCUCUUCUUCUUUAUAUCAGUUCUUCUUCUUAGCAUUUCUUCUUCUUCUUCUUCUUCUUAGCGGCUUUUCUUGUUCAUGUCUGUUCUUCUUCAUAGCCUUUCUUCUUCUUCGUCUUAGCGUCUCUUUUUCAUAUCAGUUCUUCUUCUUAGCAUUUCUUCUUCUUCUUAGCGGCUCUUCUUCAUGUCAGUUCUUCUUCUUACGGUUCUUUUUCUUCUUCUUCUUCUUCUUAGCAGCUCUUUUCUUCAUAUCAUUUCUUCCUUUUAGCCUUUCUCCUUCUUCUUCUUCCUACCGUUCUUCUUACCGGAUCUUCUUCUUUUUCUUCUUGUUCUUGUCCUUCUUGUUCUUCUUCCUGUUCUUCUUCUUCUUAGCGGCUAUUCUUCAUAUCAUUUCUUCUUCUUGGCCUUUCUUCUUCUUCUUCUUCUUCACGGUUAUUUUUCAUUUCCACUUAGUCUUUCUUCUUCUUCAUAGCGAUUCGUCUUUGCGGUUUAGUUCUUCUUCUUCUUCUUCUUCUUCUUCUUCUUCUUCUUCUUCUUCCUCUUCUUCUUCUUCUUCUUCUUCUUCUUCUCCUCAAGUUCUUUCUCUUUACUAUCGAAAGUUUUUCGCUCGUUGCUUUGAGCAAAUCUAUCUAUCUAUCUAUCUAUCUAUCUAUCUAUCUAUCUAUCUAUCUGUUAACAUAUCUAUCUAUCGAUCAAUCGAAAUAUUUGAAUUCCGAAAUAUAGAUCUAUCUAUCUAUCUAUCUAUCUAUCUAUCUAUCUAUCUAUCUAUCUAUCUAUCUGUUAACAUAUCUAUCUAUCGAUCAAUCGAAAUAUUUGAAAUCUAUCUAUCUAUCUAUCUAUCUAUCUAUCUAUCUGUUAACAUAUCUAUCUAUCGAUCAAUCGAAAUAUUUGAAUUCCGAAAUAUAGAUCUAUCUAUCUACCUAUCUAUCUAUAUAUCUAUCUAUCUAUCUGUUAACAUAUCUAUCUAUCGAUCAAUCGAAAUAUUUGAAAUCUAUCUAUCUAUCUAUCUAUCUAUCUAUCUAUCUAUCUAUCUAUCUAUCUAUCUAUCUGUUAACAUAUCUAUCUAUCGAUCAAUCGAAAUAUUUGAAUUCCGAAAUAUAGAUCUAUCUAUCUAUCUAUCUAUCUAUCUAUCUAUCUAUCUAUCUAUCUAUCUGUUAACAUAUCUAUCUAUCGAUCAAUCGAAAUAUUUGAAAUCUAUCUAUCUAUCUAUCUAUCUAUCUAUCUAUCUAUCUAUCUAUCUAUCUGUUAACAUAUCUAUCUAUCGAUCAAUCGAAAUAUUUGAAAUCUAUCUAUCUAUCUAUCUAUCUAUCUAUCUAUCUAUCUAUCUGUUAACAUAUCUAUCUAUCGAUCAAUCGAAAUAUUUGAAAGUUUUCAAGAAGACAAAGGAUCUAUUUUGUAAAGUUCGAAAUAUAGAUCUAUCUAUCUAUCUAUCUAUCUAUCUAUCUAUCUAUCUAUCUAUCUAUCUAUCUAUCUAUCUGUUAACAUAUCUAUCUAUCGAUCAAUCGAAAUAUUUGAAAUCCAUCUAUCUAUCUAUCUAUCUAUCUAUCUAUCUAUCUAUCUAUCUAUCUAUCUAUCUAUCUAUCUAUCUGUUAACAUAUCUAUCUAUCGAUCAAUCGAAAUAUUUGAAAUCUAUCUAUCUAUCUAUCUAUCUAUCUAUCUAUCUAUCUAUCUAUCUAUCUAUCUGUCUGUUAACAUAUCUAUCUAUCGAUCAAUCGAAAUAUUUGAAAUCUAUCUAUCUAUCUAUCUAUCUAUCUAUCUAUCUAUCUAUCUAUCUAUCUAUCUAUCUAUCUGUUAACAUAUCUAUCUAUCGAUCAAUCGAAAUAUUUGAAAUCUAUCUAUCUAUCUAUCUAUCUAUCUAUCUAUCUAUCUAUCUAUCUGUUAACAUAUCUAUCUAUCGAUCAAUCGAAAUAUUUGAAAUCUAUCUAUCUAUCUAUCUAUCUAUCUAUCUAUCUGUUAAUCUAUCUGUUAUCUAUCGAUCAAUCGAAAUAUUUGAAUUCCGAAAUAUAGAUCUAUCUAUCUAUCUAUCUAUCUAUCUAUCUAUCUAUCUAUCUAUCUAUCUGUUAAAAUAUCUAUCUAUCGAUCAAUCGAAAUAUUUGAAGUUACUAACAAUAUAUAACAAAUUGAAUUAUUUCCGAAAUAUAGAUCUAUCUAUCUAUCUAUCUAUCUAUCUAUCUAUCUAUCUAUCUAUCUAUCUAUCUAUCUAUCUGUUAACAUAUCUAUCUAUCGAUCAAUCGAAAUAUUUGAAAUCUAUCUAUCUAUCUAUCUAUCUAUCUAUCUAUCUAUCUAUCUAUCUAUCUGUUAACAUAUCUAUCUAUCGAUCAAUCGAAAUAUUUGAAAUCUAUCUAUCUAUCUAUCUAUCUAUCUAUCUAUCUAUCUAUCUAUCUGUUAACAUAUCUAUCUAUCGAUCAAUCGAAAUAUUUGAAAUCUAUCUAUCUAUCUAUCUAUCUAUCUAUCUAUCUAUCUAUCUAUCUGUUAACAUAUCUAUCUAUCGAUCAAUCGAAAUAUUUGAAAUCCAUCUAUCUAUCUAUCUAUCUAGCUAUCUAUCUGUUAAAAUAUCUAUCUAUCGAUCGAUCGAAAUAUUUGAAGUUUUUCUUUCUAUUUCUAUAUGCCAUGGUCUACUUUUUGUAUAUCUAUCUAUCUAUCUAUCUAUCUAUCUAUCUAUCUAUCUAUCUAUCUAUCUAUCUCUCUCUCUCUCUCUCUCUCUCUCUAUAUAUAUAUAUAUAUAUAUAUAUAUAUAUAUAUAUAAUAGAUAA